AUGUAUCGUUUUACUGAUGUAGAAUCAACUCCGAAACGACUUACUUCAGUCUAUGGAUACUUAGCACAUGAACUGUUGCCUCUACAGAAAGCUCUCGAACCAAUCUCGUCUCAAAUCAAUCAACUAGAUCGUUUUAGUAAAAUAGCUAAAAAUGAAUGUCACUUUCCUUCAGAACAUGGACUUACUCGAGAUGAAUCAGCCGCUAUUUUUCUCUAUACAAUGGAAUGGGGUAAGAAUAGUUUAUACCAAGUAAUGAAUCGUGCUCUUCGUGCAGAAGAUCGAUCAUCAUUAAAACCAUGGUUUGGCUAUCUGAAAUUAUUUGAUACAGCUGUACAAAAAUUACCUAUUGUUCGAAAGAAUCUAUGGCGUGGUGUUGCAACAGAUAUAGCCAAGAACUUUAAAAAAGGCGAUGAGUUCACUUGGUGGACCAUUAGUUCAUGUUCAACUUCAGUUAAUAUGAUCAAAGAUUUUCUAGGAUCCAGCUCAACAUUAUUCUUGAUCGAAGCUGUGAAUGGAAAAGAUAUUUCAAGGUAUACGAAUUACUCAAGUGAAAGUGAAGUUAUUCUUUGUCCAGGUACUCGACUUCGUGUUAUCAGUGAUCCUCUUGAUCAACCAUACAUGCAUAUAGUUCAUUUACAAGAAAAUAAUGAUGAGGGAGAGUUGAAAGAGGGAAAAAAGCACGGCAAAGGAACAAUGAAUUAUGCGAACAAUGAUAAGUACUCAGGCGAUUGGGUCGAUGAUGUAAGAACAGGUCAAGGUGUCUACGUUUAUGCUGGUGGUAGUCAUUACGAGGGACAAUAUAAAGAUAACAAAAAACAUGGCAAAGGUACAUUUGUUUGGGGAUCAGAUACUAAAUGUGCUGGCGACAAGUACACUGGCGAUUGGGUCGAUGGCGUAAGAACAGGUCAAGGUGUCUACGUUGAUGGUAGUGGUAGUCGUUACGAGGGACAAUAUAAAGAUAACAAGAAACAUGGCAAAGGUACAUUUGUUUGGGGACCAGACACUAAAUAUGCUGACGACAAGUACACUGGCGAUUGGGUCGAUGAUGUAAGAACAGGUCAAGGUGUCUAUGUUUAUGUUGGUGGUAGUCAUUACGAGGGACAAUAUAAAUAUAACAAGGAACAUGGCAAAGGCACACUUGUUUGGGGACCAGAUACUAAAUGGGCUGGCGACAAGUACACUGGCGAUUGGGUCGAUGGCGUAAGAGCAGGUCAAGGUGUCUAUGUUUAUGCAAACGAACAGUUCUCGGGACAAUAUAAAGAUAACAAGGAACAUGGCAAAGGUACAUUUGUUUGGGGACCAGAUACUAAAUGGGCUGGCGACAAGUACACUGGUGAUUGGGUCGAUGGCGUAAGAGCAGGUCAAGGUGUCUAUGUUUAUGCUAACGGUAAUCGUUAUGAGGGACAAUUCAAAGAUGGCAAAUUACAUGGUAGAGGCAAAAUGAAGUAUGCUAAUGGCACAAUCAAGGAAGGAAUGUGGUCAAACAACACUUUUGUUGGCUGA